UUCUCUCCUCUUUAUUCAAUUUUACUGCAGAUCUUGUAAUUAGCUCCAGUUUUUAAGCUCUGUUGGAUGUUGAUUACGUUGAAAUUAGUCAGAUCUGAGCAAAAGGUUUGCUGAAGACUUGAUCUAGGGUUUGCUGGAGUCUUGAUCUAGGGUUUUCGAGAAUAAUGGGUAGGGAUCAAAAUUUUAUCUUUCGGAUAGGUGGACAAGGUUGAGAUUUUCGCUAGAAUAUAGUUUGCAUUUGCAUUGAGAAUAGAAAAUUAUUGAUUUUAGAUUGUUACCUCUUAUUUUAUCCUGUUAGAAAUUCGUAUUCAUGCUUUAAUUGUUUGAAAUGGUAUGUGCUGAUUGGGCUGGUAUCAUUAUAUCAUGUGUCAGUGUUCUACUUCCUCCCUGUAUGAUUUUCGACGUAGGCACUAUAUAGGAUUUUCUUUUUUCCUUUUUAUUCUGUUAAUUCAUCUCAAAACAAUUUCACUUAAAAGUUUAGAUUCGUAGGUUCUGAACUGACAAUGCAUAUCAGUGAGCAUCACAUUAAUUUCUAUGAGUUCAGAAAAAAUAUACUUAAAUUUCAAUAGCAAUAUUUGAAUCAGGACCUUUUGUACCUGUUGAAGCCUGCUGAUCUAAUACCGUACCAAGGAACCAACUUUGCCAAAAUUUUAAGCUAAUGAGUUAAUGGUGAAAUGUACAACUCUGAGCAUUAACUCUAAUUUCUCUAAUGUACGAAGUAUUUACAAGUUAUCUAUAUUAGCAUUAACUCUAAUUUUAGAAAGUUGGCGAUUGAGAAAAUUUUCCUUGUAUUGAGUUUGAUUGUUUAUGAAAUUGUAUAUUGGAGCAUGAAGCUACUGAAUUUUAAAUUCCACGUCUUAACUGUAAAAUUUUUAACUUGUUGAAUAGAUAAUGGACGCAUGGCUCCAAUUUCAACACACAUGUAAUAUUGCGGUUGGAUAUGCUAUUUGCUUAUUUGCUUAUUGGUUCGUGCAUCGAAGAGAUAGGAUUAGGAGAUUAAAUAUUGACCCUCAAGAACCUAAAGAAGUAAGAGAUGUUGUGCGAGAAAUAAUGUCUCAAAGAGUUAUAUGUCGUGAAAUGAUUCGAAUGAAUCCACCAGCUUUUAACCAAUUGUGCGAAAUAUUAGAGAUGAAUGGUGGGCUUAAACCAACUCGAAGGGCUACUAUUGAAGAACAAGUUGCAAAAUUUUUAUACAUGUUGGGACACAGUGUAACAACUCGUGAAGUAAGUAAGAUAUUUGGACGAUCUGGAGAGAGUGUGAGUCGUCAUUUUCAUAAUGUUCUAAGAGCUAUGAUAGAGUUGGAGGAAAUGUUUUUUGUACAACCCGAUGGAUCACAAGUUCCUUCGGAGAUACUCACCAAUUCAAAGUUCUAUCCCUAUUUCAAGGAUUGUGUUGGGGCAAUUGAUGGCACACAUAUUCGAGUAAAAGUUUCUCCUCGAGACGCCCCUAGAUAUCGUGGUAGGAAAGACUAUCCCACACAAAAUGUGUUGGCCGCAUGCACGUUUGACUUGAAAUUCACUUACGUUUUGCCUGGAUGGGAAGGAACUGCAUCUGAUUCCAGAAUUAUUAAAAAUGCUUUACAAAGGCGAUUUCCACUUAAGAUUCCUCAAGGAAAAUAUUAUCUGGUUGAUGCUGGAUUCAUGUUACGAAGUGGAUUACUUCCACCCUAUAGAGGGAACCGCUAUCAUUUGAAAGAGUAUUCUAGAAAUCCACCAAAGAAUCCACGCGAGUUAUUUAAUCUAAGACAUGCAUCACUUCGGAAUGCCAUUGAAAGAUCAUUUGGUAUCUUGAAAAAAAGAUUUCCCAUUAUAGCAAGUUCAAAUGAACCAAACUACAGUGUUAAAACACAAAACAAGAUCAUUUUAGCUUGUUGUAUUUUGCAUAAUUUUUUAAGGGGAGUCGAUCCAGAUGAUGAAUUUCAGGAAGGGGAUGAGCAACAUAAUGAAAAUCAAUUUGAAGAAGAUGAUGUAGAUGAGGACGAAGAUGUUCGUAGAGGGGAGUGGAAAAGAGAUGGCAUCGCGGUUGCUAUGUGGCAAGAUUACCAUCGAUAAUUUAUUUUAGUUAUGCUUAUUGUUUGUUUGAUUUGUACUCUCUAUUUGGGUUAUCUUCUCAAUUUGUGUUGUACUUGAUAAGUGUUAGACUAAUAUCAUUUUAAUUCGGUA